AUGCUGGGCUUGCAGCAAGCAGGCAGAACCUGUACCGACGGCAAACAAUGGUAUGUCUGUAACGCGGGGCCAUAUACAGGAUGCUGCUCGGUUGACCCAUGUUCCGACGGCGUCUGCCCGGACGAAGACUCAAUUACCACUACCAAGAAAGUCACAACAACCUCGACAUCUAAGUCAACAUCGGCAACCCUUUCAACCGCCGAGACUACCACUGCAGUUGAAGAGACGACUUCUUCAUCCAGCUCUAAGACAACUUCAGAGGCCUCCUCAGAAGCCACUUCGGUUGCCACUUCUAGCACUGCUAGUAUACUAUCCACCAGCACAAGCACAUCAUCUGCAACAUAUUCAACUACAUCCGCAGAAUCCGCAGCCACCUUAACAUCUGCAGUUAGCGCAAGCCAGACAGCAGUAAGCACGUCGUCCAGCCACCACAGCAAUUCUGGCAUGAUAGGCGGUGUUGUGGGCGCGGCGAUCGCCGCAAUUCUACUCGCUCUACUUCUCUACUUUUGCAUCAAACGACGUCGAGCGAAGGUUAAAAUCAAGAUGCACCGCUCCGUCUCCACUCAAUCCCUUCGAGCUCAAGACCAAACGUCCACUACAAAGAAAAGCCCUUCGUCAUCAGCAACGGCAUUAGUAGCAACGGCCAAAGAAAGCCCACACUCAGCCGCAUCCCCAGCCUCAAAGACAGAAACAUCAAAAUCCAGCCUUGGAAACGAAAUUUACCACGACUAUCAAUCAGGACCGCCCUCAACCCUCUCAUCCCUAACCCUCUCAACCCUAUCAAACUCCAAUGGCCCCCCAACCCCACCCUCAAAAUCCAGUACAAGCCUCGCACCGCUCAUAAUCCCAACCGAAUCACCUCAAUCCCAUCUCCAUCAUUCUCUAACCCCACACGUCCCCGAACUCUCAGACACAGGCUUCCGCCGCCAAAGAGCAGAACUCCCCGCGCAGCCACAGUCGGAAUUAAUCAACCAGCAAUGGAAUAACUUGAAUGCGAAUUCGUCGCUUGUUUCCGACCAGUACCCGCACGGGGGUUUGAGGAAAGUAGGAAUUUCGGAGUAUACAGGAAGAUCCUUCCACACACGGGAUGGGGUACAAAAUUCCGGAACGGACCUAAUAUCACGAAAUACAGCACGGAAAAUCGUGACGCGGGACGGCGUCGUUAUGGGUGCGAAUUUAGAUCGAAUGUCAAGUAUUGACGAAGUUGAUGUUGAGACACCAUCUCCAACUCCGACUGCGACCCCGCUUAGUCCAAGGACGAAAUUUAGCGGGAGAUAUAAGAAGUCCAGUCGCAGUGGUACCCCUGUUAAAAGCGCAAGCGCAAGCUCAGGUCUGGGCUCUAGUGCGGGUACUCCGAAUCAACAUGUUAUGAGCUUUAUGGAGUACGAUGCGCCUUCUGAGAUGCUUGAGCUUAGGGGUGGAGGGGGAGACUGGAGCUCGGAUUCGGAGUCUGGUCGUAGAAACGUGAAGGCUCAAGCUGAGAGAGAUGCGUCGGGGGCUUUGGACGUGCGGAACCGUGGUGUGGAGAUGGAUGUGCUUAGUGAAGGGCAGGUUGGGAGUAAAAUUUCGGGGGAUCGUCGUGGGUCUUCUGGGUGGAAGAAGAUCAAGGAGGAUGAUGGUUGA